UCAACUCCAACCGCCUUUCCUCUGAAGCUGUGGCAAAAGUCGGGGCCCAAAGGCGUUUCUCCGGACAUCCAGAGCUAUAUCCAAUCGUGGCAUGCGCUCAACCCGUCCCUCCGCCACGAGAUCCUUUCCGACGACAGUGCCCUCGCUUACGUCGAAGAGACCUUCCGAGACGAGUGGCCCGAGGUGGCAGAUCUCUACCAGCAGAUCCAGGUCCCGAUCAUCCGCGCCGAUCUCCUUCGCUUGUUGAUUCUCUAUGCCGAUGGGGGCAUCUGGAGCGACUUGGAUGUCACUUGCGAAGCACCUAUCGCGGAGUGGAUCCCCGACGUAUUUGUCAAGGAUGAUGGCAACAUCUGGGUGAAGGAGCAGGUCAACGUGGUAGUCGGACUGGAAUUUGACGGAUGGCAGUUCGCCAGUUGGACAAUGAUGGCCAAACCCAGGCUGAAUCACUUUGAGGCGGCGAUCGAGUAUGUGAUGCACCAAAUGGAGGGGAUCGCACAAUCGCACAAUGUGUCGCUCUCUGGGGUGACGAUGGAAAUGAUUCCCGACGUUGUGGACGCGAGUGGUCCGCAGGCCAUCACCGUGGCGCUACUCCGGAGUCUCUCGCAUACGCUGCGCGAGACGGUGGACCGGUCAAAUAUCACCAACUUGCAUGAGCCGAGGCUGCUUGGGGACGUGCUGGUUUUGCCGCAGGCGGCAUAUGCAGCACUGCAGGGCGGGUACCCCGAGGACCAGGGACCCUACCUGGUCUCGCAUCAUUAUGCGGGUUCUUGGAAGAAUGUCCAGGGAGGUGAACAA